AUGUUGUAAUUAGCUGAAACUAGUUUUAUUGAUGCAGUCUAAAAUAUAAUGAAACUUAUAAAUGAUAAUUCUGUAUUUUACAAAAAAGACAAUAUCAAAUAAUUCGAAGAUAAAUUAGAAUAUAUACAAGAUAAACAACAAUUAAUCAGCCUAGAAUCUUUAAUUCAUAUACUUAUUAAAUCUCAGGAGAGUUAAGAAAAAAAGGACUUCUUACUUAAUAUAAACUUUAGAAUACAAACAAAAAUUUUGGAAUAAAAUUACAAUUUAAAUGCUUUUAUUGAAGAAUUAAUAGAAAAAAAUCAACAAUAAAUUGGUAUAUCAUUUUUAAAGAAUGAUGGAAGUUUUAGUAAUUAUAAUUAUAAGUUUAGUAUUUUCUGAUGAAUGGACUAGAGAACUAUUAGAAAUAACAAAAACAGUUAAUGAUUAGAAAAAAUUAUUUUAAUAUUGUUCUCAAGCUGGAUAUAAAACUCUUUGCAAAUAAUUUAAGAAUUGGCCAAUCUUAUUAGAUGAGGAUGAAUUAUCUAAAGAAUUUUUAAUGACGAUUUAUUCUGAAAAAAUGAAAAGAAAGGCACUUAAAUACUUAUCUGCACAAAGAAUUGAAAAAUUAAAGGAAUUUUAAUAUUUAAAUGAUGAAGAUCUAUAAAAGAAAAAUAAGAAAAGGAUUAAAUAAGAAAUAAAAGUAAAUAAACAUGACGCCAUAAAAAUUAAGUAUUUAAAAACAUUAUAUAUAAAAUUAACAAAAAUGACAAUAAAUGUUAAUUAAGAAUUUUAAUAAUCAGUUUAAGAAAGUAAAGUAUUUUAAGGAAGUUUAAAUUUAUCAUAAAUGGCAGAAAAUUCAUAAUAAUAUUUUAAAGUAGUGAAAUGUGAAAUAUAGGUUUUUCAUGAAAUAGAAAAUAUAACAUCUGAAGAUAUUUUUUAAGAUAAAAAACUUUAAGAAUAUGAAAGUAAUAUUUGUAAAUUAAUUUUAGGGAAAUGGUAUGAGAAGUGUAAGAAAAUCAAAGAUGAAAUUAGAUCAAUAACAUAAGCUUUAGAUAUUUCAGAUUAAGAUUAAUUUUAGCCUUAUUUUAGUGAGCCUGAAUUUGAACUCAGUAAUCUACAGAUUUGA